ACAGAUGUGGUUGAGAGCCAGAUGAAGACUUGUUACUUCGGUCCACCAUCGGAGCCGCUUCCUGGUGAACAUUGGAUGCAAGCAGCCGCUCGAGAAAUACGCAAACGAUGCCCAGGGACACGAAACUCGACUGCAGUCAGCCAGGCCAAUGUCAAAAUUGAAGUCGAGAUUGCGACAACGGCCUCAGCUCCCCGAUAUGCUGACUGCAGAGAGAGUCAUGAUGCCGGGGUACAGUAUGAUGCCGUCACUAUCUACCCACCGCAAUAUCCAAACGGCUUGGCCGUUUAUUGCCAUUUAGAUUGGGUGGUGAUUCAGAAACGUAUGGACGGGUCGGUGAAUUUUACCCGUAGCUGGGCCGAGUACCGAGACGGCUUCGGUGAUCUGACGGGGGAGUUCUGGCUGGGCAACGAGAUAGUCCGCCAGCUGACCUCGGAAGGCACUUGGGAACUGCAGAUACUUGUAGGUGGUGGAGACCACGGCAGUAGAAUACUUCUUGAGCAAUUCCAGAUCGCAGGUGACAACUACAUACUAUAUGCGGAUCCAUCGCCUCAAUGGCCAACAGGCAAGUCAAUGACUGACGUUCACUCAGGCCAGCCGUUCUCAACCUACGACCGCGACAAUGACGCCGAUGGCAACGCCAAUUGUGCCGCUCAGCUGAAGGGAGGCUGGUGGUUCAAGACUUGUACUGGAGGAGUCGGGAAUGUGGAUCUCGUGCCGACUAACCUGAAUGGGGAGUAUUCCUAUCCCGUCAACUACACGGGGCAAGAUUACCGCGGUAUGAGGUGGGCUGGUGCAUUGGAUGGCCAAAUGUCGAGUUCCUCCCUCAUGAUUCGUCGCGGGAGUAUGAAUUAAUGUUAUUUCCCUUGCUGCAAAUUACACGAUUCCUUCCUGAAAUGUUUGUCAUUUAUUUGGAAAUAUCUUCGGAGGGUCUUGUUAAACGGUUAAAUGGAAACUGAUUUGAUUUCGCAGUUUCGAGGACGCUAGAACAGGGUUUUUUUCAAGCCCAUCAAACUGUUCCAAAAUAAGGGGUCGUUUAGGCUUUUGGUAUCAAUAUUAGAAUAAUAAACAUAGAAUAGAGUGGUAAUCUGUUCAACAUUAUGAACAGGUGUUUAGUAUGAGGUUUUUAUCUGUUAACGAGAUGAGCUUAAGAUACAAUUAUUAAUGUUAUAAUAAAAUGAUAAUUAAUUUCUUAGCAUUCAGAGAAGUGAGUAACUAAACCUAUUAUCUCAAAAUGUAGGGUUCCAUACCUUUUCUCGGGAAUAUGAUGAUUUAUUGACUAUAGGUUUUUCCGGCUUUUUUAAAGGAGUUUUCGUUCAAAUUCACCCGCUUUUAAGAGAAUCAAUCGAGUCAAUAACCGAAAAAUUUCAAAGUUCUGCUACCCUCUUUAGUCAGCGGGUCGAUAAUAUUCGUCAUUACAGAUCAAAUUCGUCCAAGCUGUUGCCGAAUGGCAGCAUUCCGAUAUCGAAUUCGUCUUAGACUUUAAUUUCUGAAUAACAAGGCUUGGCGCAGACGAGGUGAAGUCGAAUACGCCGGUACAAAACCGUGUGCUCAUUGUUUGAAUUUUCUUGAACUGAAUUUGAAGUUUUCUGACAAAAGACAAAUUGAGCAUUUGAAAUGCAAUCAGUCGAUGUUGAUGGACGGAUAUUGAACGUUAAAAACAGUGAAUUAGAAUGAUAAACGUUUUGAAAUAGCCGUGAAAACCUAUAAUAGGCAGCCAUAUUUACACAAUUUCUUAAUUUCCCAUAGGCCUUAAGAUUUUUGGAAAAUUGUGAUGUAAGUAAACUGCAUUAUGUCACUGCUUCUUAUUUUGUGCAAUAAAAACAUAUGAAAAGAAAGUUUGAACAAGAAGGUACAGCUGCGAUGUAUCUUUUCCGUGCUAGUAGAAUCAAGAACUUUAAAAUUAAGCUUGUUUUCGUGAAAACUAAAGGAUAAGAAAGUGAUACAUUUUUAAACACUCUGAAUAGCACACUUAAAUAAUGAAGAUAUCAAACAUUAAUAAUGAAGUGAUUAUAGAUAACAAGGUUUUCAGACAAUUUUGCCUCUUUUCAGAGACCAUAAAUAUGGGAAACAAAUGAAUAGAGUGGCUUGCAUCAUGUUUUCAAG